AUUUAUAGAAUUACGCGAUAAAUUAUGCAGUAAGCCAAUAUUACAAUACCCAGAUUUUACAAAACCCUUCGUGAUAACUACAGAUGCAUCUGGCUACGCGAUAGGCGGAAUUCUAAGCCAAGGUCCCAUAGGAAAAGACCUUCCGAUAGCCUAUACUUCAAGAUUAUUGAAUAGCGCAGAACAAAAUUAUUCAACUAUAGAAAAAGAACUUCUUGCGAUAGUAUACUCGGUAAAUCAUUUUCGGGCUUAUGUAUAUGGAAACGAAUUUACACUUGUCACGGACCAUCGACCCCUAAUGUGGUUACAUUCCGUAAAGGAUCCCACUUCUAGACUAGUGAGAUGGAGAUUAAAAUUAGCCGAAUACGAAUAUAAAGUCCAGUAUAAGGCAGGAAAAAUAAAUUUAAACGCGGACGCAUUAUCCAGAAAUCCGAUAGAAAUUAAUCAGCAGAUCCUCAAAAUAAAUCAAACACGACCAAAUACAAGCGACAACAUAAAAAUAGUCUCAGGAGACUUAUUCACAGCAAAUGAAGAAUAUUCACUAGCGCACUGCGUAGCUAAAGAUUUCAGAAUGGGAGCAGGAAUAGCCCUUGAAUUUAGGAAAAGAUUUCGCGGAGUCCGCAUGUUGAAGAACCAAAAUAAAACAAUCGGAGAAGUAGCUUAUCUACCACAUGGCAAGAGAUAUAUAUUUUACCUUAUCACCAAAGAAGUCAGUUACGGUAAACCGACAAUAAAAUCAAUCGAACGAAGCUUAUUCGCAUUAAGAAAUCUCUGCAUUAAAUUAAACUGUUAUAAGAUAGCUAUGCCCAAGAUAGGUUGUGGACUCGAUAAAUUAAGUUGGCCGGAUGUCGAAGAAAAAAUACGAAUCAUAUUUCCCGAGCCCUUCACGAUCUUAAUAUACGAGAAUAAAAUAAACAGUACCAGCGAACCAACCAGUCCAAUAACAAACUCAGCUAAGGACGACCCUUAUCAAGUACCGCCAAGUGAAAACGAUAUCUCAAACGCCAACUGCGCCACACCGAUGCCAUCAACAGCGAAACCCAAACAUAGUCAAAUAGAAAUACCGCACCGAAUAUUGCGCGACAGAAACAACAUUCGAAAGCCACAGUGGUAUUCUGAUCCCCUAAAUGGAAACAACCAUACACAGAAUCUCGACGACAUAACUGACGAUGACUGCAGCCGCCAAAGCUCCAACCAACAUAACAGGAGUGACUCAGAAUCAUGCGAUACAGAUAAGGAUGACCAACCACGUUUCGACUCGCGGGAAUUUAUACUCAGCGACAAUAAAGACAGCGAUCAAGACUCUGACGAUGACGAAAGAGACGCAGGGUUUAGACCUAAUAUCGAGUAUUCAACCGACUCCAAUUCAGAAAUUAUUCCAAGCCAAGACGAGGACAACCCUUUGCCAGGGCCACGUGACGAUUUUCCGAUGGAACCAGAGCCGCGUCAAUUCUCUGAAACUCGAGACAACCUCGCACUUCAGAAGGGAAAUUUAGUAUUUUUCAUAACCACACAUGGCCAACCAUGCGACGAGGGCGCUAGAAAUCUCCAAUCCGCGGGUAAACUGCCCCCCUUUACAGACGUGAUGCUGGGCAGACCAAAAAUUCAGGAGAGUGGGAAAACCCGCUAUGUCGGUUUAGCAAUAAAAGAAACCAUACAUACGAAUUUAGAUGAGGGUAUAUUCAAGGAUGCACUACAAUCUUUACUCGAGGUAGUACGGGAAUUACAAUUGGACACCCUAAUAAUUUCAGAGACACAAAACAUAGAUCACUUUAGCUGGAGCAAAAUUAAACUUCAAUUACAGCAGCUCUUUUACGAUACCCCAUGUAAAUUUAUAGUUUGCAAAAACCUCAUUAAAAUACCCCCAGAGGAUGAAAGAAUAUCGCUAAUUCGGGAAUAUCAUGCUUCACCGAUAGGAGGACAUAAGGGGAUGAUUAAGACAUAUCGCCGAAUCAGACAAUAUUAUUAUUGGACAAAUAUGAAAGCCCAGAUUGAGGAAUAUAUUAGGAAUUGUUUGGAAUGUCAGUUAAAAAAAUUGACCAGAGUAAAAACAAGGCAACCCAUGGUUCUUACCGAUACACCCGGUGCUAGCUUUGAUAAAAUUUCAAUGGAUAUCGUAGGUCCUCUACCUACCUCCCCUUCAGGGAAUGAAUAUAUAUUAACCAUACAGGAUCAGCUUUCUAAAUAUUGCUUGGCAAUACCCCUCGAAACCACAACGUCAGCCAAAAUAGCAGAAGCAUUAAUAAAAAAUGUAUUCUUUAAAUUCGGAGCCCCAAAAUAUAUAUUAACAGAUCAGGGCGCUAAUUUGAUUAGUUCACUUAUGAAAGCUGUAGCUAAGAAAUUCAGGAUUAAACAAUGUAGAACAACGGCAUUUCACCCUCAAUCGAACGGUUCAAUAGAAAGAUCGCAUCAUGUAUUGGUGGAAUAUUUAAAACAAUAUAUAAAGAAAACCAACAACUGGGAUGAAUGGUUGGAUUGUGCUAUGUUUUCUUACAAUACUAGCGUGCAUGAAGGAACUAAAUUCACGCCCCACGAAUUAGUAUUCGGAAGGCUAGCUAGGUUACCAUCCGAACAUACGACGAUAGACGAACGACUCGACAGGAGUUACGAGGAUUACUUGAAACAGUUAUUUACCACGCUAAAGAAUUUGCAGACGGAAGCACGAGAAAAUUUGAUAAAGGCCAAAGAAAGGUAUAAAUAUUAUUACGACAGGAAAAUAAACCCUUUGCAUUUAAGUGAAGGAGACGAGGUAUUUUUGCUAAAGGAACCAAGGGAUGGCAAAUUCGGAGAUCAUUAUACGGGUCCGUACAAGGUUCUAGAGAUAUUAAACAAUCAGAACGUUAGGAUCAAAGUAAAAAACAAUAACCGGGUAGUGCACCGUAAUAAACUAAAAAGAAUGAUGCACCAAACAUAUGACCCUACUCGCAUAUAA